CCACUACCUGCUGCACUGCCAGGAGCAGAAACUUGAGCCUGUUAACGCUGCAUCCUUUGGGAAACUCAUAAGAUCAGUGUUCAUGGGGCUUCGCACGCGACGCCUGGGCACCCGGGGUAAUUCUAAAUACCACUAUUAUGGGCUGAGAAUCAAGGCAGGCUCUUCUCUGCUCCGUUUGAUGGAGGACCAGCAACAUCUGGCCAUGAGGCAGCAGCCAUUCUCACAGAAACAAAGAUUGAAGCCUGUGCAUAAAGUUGAGGGAAUGACMAACGGCACAGCGGCAGGAUCAGGACAACAGCAACAACAGCAGCAGGGUUCAGGACAUGUAGACAUCAGCACCCAGGUUCAGCAGUACCAACAAUUCCUUGAUGCUUCCAGAGCUCUCCCAGAGUUUCCGGAUAUCGAUCUCCAGGGAAAGACUCUGCCGGAGGGGAUUGAACUCGAGCACAUAAAGAGCUUUCAGCUGCUUUACAGAGAACACUGUGAGGCCAUAGUGGAUGUGAUGGUCAAUCUGCAGUUUACGCUGGUGGAGACUCUGUGGAAAACCUUCUGGAGGUUCAGCCAAAGUCAGGCUGGAGAUGGCACCCUGGCUGUUCACGAUGAGUCAGAGAAGCGUCUCCCAAAAUCCUGCUUGGUGUUGCUGUGCAAGUAUGAGCCGGUGCUGCGCUGGAGCCGUGACUGUGACAACAGCCUGUACCAGAGCCUGGUGGAGAUCCUCAUCCCUGAUGUCCUCAGACCUAUCCCCAGUGCCUUAACUCAAGCCAUUCGAAACUUUGCCAAAAGCCUAGAGAGCUGGCUGACUAACGCCAUGAUGAACAUCCCUGAGGAAAUGGUUCGCAUCAAGGUGACAUCAGCCAAUGCAUUUGCCCAAACGCUGCGUCGGUACACCAGUCUGAACCAUCUGGCCCAGGCAGCYCGUGCCGUCCUCCAGAACACGGCUCAGAUCAACCAGAUGCUGUCUGACCUCAACCGUGUCGACUUCGCUAACGUCCAGGAGCAGGCUUCAUGGGUGUGCAGGUGUGAAGACCGUGUCGUUCAGCGGCUCGAGCAGGACUUCAAGCUGACCCUGCAGCAGCAGAACUCGUUGGAGCAGUGGGCCGUGUGGCUCGAUGGUGUGGUCUCCCAGGUCCUGAAGCCCUACCAGCAAAGCCCUGCUUUCCCUAAAGCUGCCAAACUCUUCCUWCUAAAGUGGUCCUUCUACAGUUCCAUGGUGAUCCGAGACCUCACCCUGCGGAGCGCGGCCAGUUUCGGUUCCUUUCACUUGAUCCGUCUUCUGUACGAUGAGUACAUGUAUUACCUUAUAGAGCACAGAGUGGCCCAGGCUAAAGGAGAAACUCCCAUUGCUGUUAUGGGAGAGUUUGCCAGUUUAGGUCGAGGUCUGAACACGCUGGAUCCUGACAAAGAAGAGGAAGAGGAAGAAGAGGAGGAGAGUGAGGAAGAAGGCCAGGAGCUGUCUCUUCCCUCUGACGAGGCUGGGCUCGGAGAGGAGUCCCUGGAGCCGCCUGCUAAGUUAGCCAGAACAGAUCAGCGAGUCCUCUUCACCACCGGCUCAGCUGACAACUARCCAGUGACACUCGUGUGCUGCUAAUCUUCAUCUCACACACACACACAGAGAUGUACAAAGAACACUUAUUUAUACRUUUGAUAUCUGUAAAUWUAUCUUGUCGAUGUUUGUGAACUCUCGCUGUUGUUUAAGCACAUGCAKUCCAAACACACUCGGUCAUUACCUGCUGCUGCCUGGAUGGCACAACCACCUGUUGACACCGUUCAUUUGUUCCACCAUCACUGUURCUGCAWUGAUGUUGCUUCACAAACCAGAGUCUCUAAAACCACAGAGAACCACAUAACACUUUAACUCAUGUGAUUCUGUAAAAAAAAGAAGAACUAAUAUCAGGUGUGUUUUAAUUUCUGUCAUUACAUUGCAGCGUGUUGCCUCACUGAGAAGACCCUCCUCCCACUGCCAUAUGUAGGUGGUCUUUAAAUGCUGCAAUGUGUGUAYAGAGGUAACUUCUACAGGAGGGUGGAAACGGGAGCUUAAAUUUAGCUGUUGCUCAUUUGUGACAUGAAACUAAAGAGAGGAGCUCUGUGAAAGACACAGAGAGGAGGUUUAGUGUGUUUGUUGCUUUCUGUCUGCACCACUCUGCUGUUAUUCCUGGGAGCUGAUUAGAYGUUCAUUUCCAUGACUGUGAGUCAUGCAAAGUGUUUCUGUAGAUAUUUUCUUAUAAAUGUUUGAUUUGGGAGGUGUGUGUAGAUGCCCUCUUUGAUUUGAUUUGCCUGUAAAGGAGAAGAACACGUGUUUUUGGAGUGCCUGCUGCAGCUGCUACAGACUUGUAAAAAAAAAUGUGGUUGUGGAAAAGGGACUUUCAUUAGUUGCUGCAAAAAUCCUCACUCUUUUUCCUGAACUGUUUUCACGAGAGAGGUACUGUAUGUGUCAUGAUUUAUGUUUAAAGUGCUUUAAUCCUG